UUCUCCACGCGAGGAAGAGAUAGCUAGCUAGCUAGGAAGAAGACUAAGAAGAAGAAUAGCAAAAAAGAAAAGAAAAGAAAAAAGAAGCCAAUUAGUGUGUUGAAUCUAAGUUCGAAUCAUCCAAAAGUGAGAUAUGGAAGGAGAGAGAGGUGUUCCAAACUACGAGCUUCAAGUUUCAUUCACCAACACCCCACAAGCCAUGAACGAAAUGGGUUUUGUUCAAUUUGAAGAAAAUCAGGUCCUUGGAUUCUUGUCACCCUCAGCACAAUCUCAAUCUUCUCAGCUCUCUCAAUCCUUAAACUCUGGCAGCACCGCCGCCGCCACCACAACCAUCGGAUUUAGUCAUAACGAACUUGUCACCAGAACUUGGAAUAACGACCAGGUGGGAAAUCUGGAUCCCAAAGUUGGCAACGAUGAAAAUUUCACUGGAAAUGCCAGUGAUGGUGACAACAACUCAUGGUGGAGGAGUGGAGCUACAGAGAAGAGCAAGGUGAAAACAAGGAGGAAGCUUAGAGAACCAAGGUUUUGUUUCCAAACAAGAAGUGAUGUAGAUGUGCUUGAUGAUGGUUACAAAUGGAGGAAAUAUGGCCAGAAAGUUGUCAAGAAUAGCCUUCAUCCAAGAAGUUACUACCGCUGCACCUAUAGCAACUGUAGGGUGAAGAAGAGGGUUGAACGACUGUCAGAGGAUUGUCGUAUGGUAAUAACCACCUAUGAAGGUAGACAUAAUCACUUCCCUAGUGACGACUCAAAUUCAUCGGACCAUGAAUGCUUUACCUCUUUCUAACAGGUCACUCCAUUACUGAUUAAGAAAAAAAAAAUGCUAUGCCGUUUUCAAUGAUCAACAUGCAUUUAUGAACUUAAAUUAAGACAAUCUUUGAUUAUAAGAUAUUGCCGUGUACUUGUUACAAAGUUCACUUUGCUUCAAAGAUGAACUCAAUCAUGUCA